AUGCAAUUGCCCCACGCCGAUUUCCUCUACGCCGCCGUGUGCGCCGUCCUCAAUACGCACGCGAACGCAGCAAAUGUUGUUUGCUUUGCUGGCGCCGAGGUGCCCGAGUACCUCGACGUCCUCGCAGACGCGCUGGACGCCGCACAAAACAACUUGAACGGGGUCGAUCUGAUCCUCGUUCUCGUACGUCUCGGCACGGACCUUGGUCAUGCAGCGACGUGCAGCGAUACCUCGCCUAUGGUCGCGGGGCACCAAGUGUUGUCGGGGCUUCCUGCCACCGCGGAGACGACGGGGCUCGGCGACUUUCAAAAGAGCAUCGACGACGGUCGCCAGAGCGAGUUCAAGGCCCGUUUGGCCAUGCACCACUUGUACCAAGUCACAAAGUCGUUCACAAAAGCUCUUCUCGACGCGAGCGACUCCGAUGUCGCUUCUCGCUUGCUCGCCGCGCUCGUCAACCAUGCGCUGGACGCCCAUCGAGAUCUCCUUGCAGCUCUUCGUGCAGCCAUCGCGCAGUGGUCGAUGGCGCAGUUGCAGCUGCAGCCCUUUCUCACACGCGGUGACGCACUGGAUGCAACGCGCUUGCACGCAGUGGCUGCACUGGACAACGCUAUUCAAGCCACCGUCGCUCGUCUGCGGCGGUGCGAAACCAGUGUCGCCGACUUCGUGCAUCGCUUGAGCUCGCACGUCAUGCCCUCCGGCUUGCCGUAUCUGACGCAAAACGAUAUGGCCCUGCGCUUCGGUACAGCGCCUGAAGCCGCGAGCGCAGCGCCAACGGAUCCAAGUGACGAGGAUGCUUCCGAGCCGCUGGGGCAAGAUGUGCUCGAGGAAGACGCGACACCAGCAGGCGCGGUCGGUGAAAUGAGUCGCGUGGAUGAGACCGCUCUUGUGUGCCUACACGAGAUGCAGCCAUUGCUAUCGAAAGACAACGAGGACGCGACGAGUGGCGACGAAGGCUCGUUGCUUGCGAGUAGCGUCACGGCGACGGUCGUCGACGAGACCAUGCUCAGCGAAGACGCGGGAGAAAGCCAAGAUUCAGCAGCAAUUAAGACGAACGACGACGACGUCAACGAGCCGACAGCGUUGACCUCCUUCUUGUGCGAGACGCACAACGAGGAGGCGACGAGUGACGAGCCCGGUGCUGCGAUGGGCGAGAGCAACCAACAAGUGCCGUCCAUGGAGCAGACACCAGGAACGGUUGCAAUCGUCGAUCUCGCGAGUGCGGCGUCGGACAAGAGCCAAACAAGCUCCACGCCCGCGUGCUUGGAGGCAGACGACGAAUUGGAGUACGAAAUCAUCAGGAAGGAGGACGAAGGAUAUUUCUUCGAGCCGACACCCUCGAUGGCCGUGGACGCGCCGUAUUGGCUCAAUAUCCACUACUGCUAG